AUGGUGCUGGGUGGGAACAUCCUGCACUACAAGCUUCAGAAACAAUCUUUACUGGAUACACGUAUAAAUCAGAAUUCAGAACUGAAAAAGCAGCUGGAGGGAUUUACUCCGAGUAAUCCAGCUGUCAUGGAGAUCAAGAUCCUGGUUGCUGGACAAAUUGGUGCAGGAAAAUCCAGCUUUAUUAACUCCAUCAAUAGUUCAUUUCAAGGACGGAUCACCUCUGGAGCACUAGUAAAUUCAUCGGCUGGAAAUACUAAAAGUUUCACAAAAACACUUAGAGAAAUCAAAAUCAGAAGUAAAAAAAACUUGCCCAUUGUCUUCAGGGACAUAAUGGGCUUAGAACCUGAAAUGUUGGCCGGGACACAGACAGACGACAUCAUCAAUGCUCUAUUUGGUCAUGUGAAGGAGGGCUAUAGAUUUAAAGAGUCAAAACAAAUCGCUUACAAGGAUCAACAUUAUACUGGUGACCCCGGUCUCUCUGACCAGGCUUUCUGUCUGGUUUACGUCAUAGCUGCCGAUACAGUCCAGUUCACAGAUGACAAACUUAUGGACAAGUUGAGGAUCAUCCGCCAAAGAAUCAGUGAUGAAGCGAUUCCUCAAGUGAUUGUUAUGACCAAGGUGGAUGAAGCAUGUCCUCUGGUGAAGAAUGAUCUAAGAAAGAUCUAUCAGAGCAAGAAGAUCAAAGAAAAGAUGCAGAUGUGCAGUGACACAGUGGGUGUGCCGAUGUGCAACAUCUUCCCAGUGAAGAACUACCAUGAAGAGAUUGACACUGAUGAUAAUGUUGAUGUUCUGAUUUUGAAAGCUUUGGAUCAGAUUGUUCAUCUUGCUGAUGACCGGUUGCUUAGCAGCAGUAACUAA